AUGAGCUGCCAGCACUGUUGCUCACAUGCUGUCAUCUGGCUUGUCGCAGCCUUCCCACAUGUCCAUUCAUCCCAUUUGGUCAAACGUCAUGUGGUGGCCAACUAUAGCCUGCUUUAUGAGGUCCAAGGUUCGGACCCCAAGCUCGUGCCUUACAUGCUGUGUGCGCACAUGGAUGUGGUUCCAGCUGAUGCGACUAAGUGGCACCACCCGCCAUUUGUGGGACAGGUGCUGGAUGGGGAAAUCUGGGGCAGGGGUGCCAUCGAUGCCAAGGACAUUCUCAUGGGCAUCAUGGAGGCACUUGAGUUCCGUCUGGAGCAGGGGGACCUGCCCCGUCGUGGUCUGUUCUUGGCUUUUGGCCACGACGAAGAGGUUGAAGGUCGGGACGGUGCAGCUGCCAUAGGCCGUUCGCUGCGGGCCAAGGGCAUUAAGCAGGUGGAAUUCAUUCUGGACGAGGGUAUGAUGAUCCUGGAGAGAUUGCUCCCCGGACUUCAGAGGCCAGUCGCAUUGGUGGCAGUGACAGAGAAAGGCUCCAUCAUGGCUAAGGUGUCGGCACGUGGUACCAGCGGUCACUCGGCAGCGCCACCUGUGAACAAUGCGAUCGUUACGCUGUCCAAGGCACUCUCUGGUUUCCAUGGCCAGUGCCAGCCUGCCCAGCUGAGCCGCUCAGUGGUGGCCGAGAUGCUCACUGCCCUGGCUCCAGAGGUGCCGUUCCACUUCCGACUUGCACUGGCCAACAUGUGGCUUCUUGGACCUGCCAUCAGCUGGUUCAUGUCACGGAGCCAGCAGAUGGACCCCAUGAUCCGCACCACUACCACGGUCACUCGCAUUGCUGGCGGCGUGAAGGUAUGCUCUAUGCAAGAGUUCCAACAUGAUGUUGGGUCAUAGGCACGACUACAAACA